AUGGUCAACCCCAGCCAUGAGCUCGACUAUGAGCUCAUAGAUCUUGCACGCAAAAAUAUCCAAAACAUCCCCAACACGCCCGAAUAUGACAAAAUGAUCUCUGGCAUGGUGUACGACUCGAUGGUCGAGCCACUCGAGAUUGCUCGGUUUGAGUCGACUACCAAAUGCUGUCGACUACAGCAGAUGAAGCUGGACGAUUUUGGAUCUCUCAAAGAGUUCAAAACCGCACGCACAGCACUCACAAAGAAUCUUCUGGGCAAGUGCGGGUCCAAUCCGCUCAUUGAAACGCCUUUCAGCUGCGACUACGGCUUCAACAUCCUUGCUGGCGACAAUCUCUACAUCAACGCCAACGCAGUGCUUCUGGACACGUCGCUGAUUAUCAUUGGCAAUAAUUGCAAGAUCGGGCCGAACACGUGCAUCACCACUGCGGACCAUCCGCUGGACGCAAAGCGCCGAGGCGAAGGUGUGGACUUCUCUCGCAGGGUAGUUAUCGGCGACAACUGCUGGAUAGCUGCCAAUGCAACCAUUUUACCAGGGGUGACUCUGGGCGACAACGUGGUGGUCGGAGCAGGUUCUGUGGUUACCAGAGAUGUUGAGGGGGAUAGUCUUGUGAUUGGUGCACCGGCAAGAGUGGUGCGCAGGCUGAUAAGAGACAAUUAA